CACGCUAGCCUCAAGUGAACCGAUCCAAGUCAUGAAUUAUCAUACUGGAACAAAGACUUCACGUUCAAAAAUAAGGAAUUCUUCUUACAGUGGCGUAAUGAUUGGAAAAUUGUUUAUUCUGACUUUAAUUGAACCUUAUCAGUUUUCAUCUAUUAUCGUUCGUGUAUAAUGAUUUUUUUAAUAUCUGUUUCCUACUAAAUGGACUUAUAAAUAACCAUUGAUCGGAUAAUUUGUAUUGGUAGAAUCUAUGAAUAUGGAAUAAUGACAGUAAAUGUUAAUUUCUUAUUUAUAUUCAAUCGGAAAUUAAAUUCAAAAUGUCAACGAUUCGAAAAGCAUACAUGGAAUUAUCGAAUGGAAUCCGAGGAUUGCGAUUCAGCAAGGAUCAACAACAGACGACAACGCAUGUCUCUACAAAUCAUAUUUCAAUUUCAACGACACGUGAAACAUCAACUAAUAUAAAUAAACAUGUUUCAAACGGAAGUUCUGCGAUGAGUGCUCGUGUGGUCCGUUCCCCAAAGCCACUUAUAGCACGAAAAAUCAGAAGUCUUUUUGGACGGCACCAACCUGAUACUAUCCAUGAAUUGUUCAUGGAUGACAGAUUUUUAUCGAAGUUUUUCUACUAUUUUUCAGCCGAGGAACGAGGCAUGCUGUCUAGAGUUUGUCACACGUGGAAGAAUAUACUUUACCAUCCAAAGUACUGGGAAAAUGUAAUGCCGGUCAUUAUUUUGCGUAAUCUUGGCAAAACAGAGGAAUUUAAACGAUUGUUUUAUGAAAGUUUGCAAAUUAGAUAUUUUGAUUCAAUUUGCCUUUUUGGCGCAAUAGACGAAGAAAUUGCUGAUUUUAUUAACCACUGUGCUAUAUUCAAAAAGCAAAUCAGGUUUAUAUGUUUACGAAAUUCUAAUAUAACUGAUGUUGGUCUUGAAAUUUUGUGUAAGAAAAUUCCAUGUCUAUAUAAGUUGGAACUUAACGGAUGUAACGAACUGACAGAAACGGGUAUGUGGUCAUGUCUUAACCCCAAAAUUGUGUCCUUAUCCAUUAAAGAUUGUAUAAAUGUUGCAGACGACACAGUUGGGGCUAUUGCUCAGCUACUUCCGGCGCUUUAUGAGCUGAACAUUCAGGCUUAUCAUGUGACUGAUGCUGCCUUAGCCUUUUUUAGUACAAAACAGAGCUAUUCUCUCAGUGUUCUCAGACUUCAGUCUUGUUGGGAAGUAACAAACCAUGGGGUUGUGAAUAUUGUACAUUCUCUUCCAAAUCUAACCGUUCUUAGUUUAUCAGGGUGUAGUAAGGUCACAGAUGAUGGGAUAGAACUUAUUACUGAAAAUCUUCGGAAGUUACGAUGCUUAGACCUAUCAUGGUGUCCCCGGAUAACAGAUUCCUCGCUUGAAUAUAUUGCCUGUGAUCUGAGUCAACUCGAACAACUAACCCUCGAUAGAUGUUCCCAUGUGACAGAUAUUGGUGUCGGUUAUUUGUCAACCAUGACAUCUCUGCAGAAACUCUACUUGCGCUGGUGCACACAAGUUCGAGAUUUUGGUCUUCAGCAUAUAUAUACAAUGAAGAAUUUACGGGUACUUUCAUUAGCAGGUUGCACAUUAAUUUCCAGCCAGGGCCUGUGUGGACUGACUCAACUUAAACAUCUAGAAGAAUUAGAACUAACCAAUUGUCCAAGUGCUACAAAGGAGAUUUUUCUGUAUUUAAAAGAAAACAUGCGCGGUUGUCUUGUUCUUGAUUAGAUUUAUCCGCUGUGAAGAAGUCUGGAUAUUGUUUCCUGAAAGAUUCCAGUAUAUUGACGUAAAGUUGAUUGAUUCUUAUAGAAUAGGAUGAAAAGGCUUAGAUGAUUGUGACACUUAUUUAAAAAUGUUGCAUUUUGAAUGUAAAGAAUUGCAUUGAAGUAAAUCUUUGAUUAUUGUUCUUUCUAACUUAAUUUGCUGGAAUUGUUCUGUCAGACUUUAAACCAUUAAUCCCUUACUUAUUACGAUUGUCUAAAAAUAAUGUAUAUUUCAAUCUAACGAGGAAAUCCCAAAACUGAUCCCAUAUUUGAAUACCACUGUUUCGCAGUGUUAAUUUAAAAAGUCAUUAAGACUGAUUGAGGGCAGGGAAUCCUUAUUAUAUAACAGUAUUUGAAUAAUUUUAUGUAUAUCUAACAAUACAUAUGUUAAUUGUAUGAUUUAUAUGUAUUUUUUUUUUCAUUUGAUUGUUCAUGUUUGUUGGCAAAGUACUUUCCCAAUAAAAUUAAAGCGAAUAUGUGACCUUCACCUUUGACCUAUGAAUUUUACUUAGUUUUAAAGGGUGAACAACAGAUGCUUGGCAAUGUAUUCAUAUAGGACAAUCAUUCAUGAUAAAUAUAUGAUCCUUAACCUUUAAAGUCAGAAACUGUCUCGUGCAUGAAAGGUAGAAAACUUGUGAUCUUUUUAUCCCCUCAGCAACGUUGUGAAGUUUAGCAUCGCUUUCGAGCCUAUGCGUUUAUGUGUGAGUUCGCUCGUGUAUACGCAAUUCCAUUGUAGUUGACUAAGCAUCUUGUUUUCCACUUUUUCCAUUGCUUGGUAUAAGAUGUGCUUGCAUUCUGACUUAUUUUGAGGUCAAACGUCAAACAUGACAAACUGACGUGUGAAAUCUUCCAAUCAAUUUUUACCAAACAUUGUUUAAGGUAGAUUAUCUUUAAAUCGUCAUCUUGGAUUGUAAAAUAGCAGUACAAAAUCGAUCUAGUUGUUUGCUUAAAUCGCAAAUUUUGAGACAAAUUGGCAAUUAAAGUGCAAGAGGUUUUAUUUGAGUAAAGAAAAAUAAGUGAUUUAUCGCAUUAUACAGAUUGUUUUAACAAAUACCAAAUGCUUGUAUUCAAUUUUUCAACUUAGUCAUUUAAGGAGAGAUAACUCAUUGACAAAUAGUAAAAAUUUUAUAAAGGAAUGUUAACAAAAAUUUUACUUGUAGAAGAAAACAAAGUCGGUGACAUCAUUUUUUCUUUUGAUUUUCUUAAAGCAUAUAAUAAAACAUAUCUUCUCAUAUUUUAUCUCAAAAUUCUACAUCAUAGAUUUAUUUUUAUUCACAAAAAAAUGAAUAAUCUAUGCAAAUUUGGGCAAUUUUGCACAACUUAUAGCUUGAAAAAUAACACGGUGACCCAUACUUUUUAUUAUACUUUUGAAAAAAAGCAUGGAAAAAUCUACAUUUUGGCAAAGUAUAAGAAAAUUCUAUCUGAGGAAAUAUAUACCGAUGAUCCACCUUAAGCUUUGCAAUCAAAAGAGCCUUAAACUAAUUUGAUAGAGGCCAAUGGUCAAGAUCACCACAAGAUCUGAUACUCUACACCUUAUGUCCAGUCUUUUCUUCAACAAAUAUCCAAUGGAUGACAGUUGAUAAUGGUUAAAUCCUAUAUUGUUCUAAAAUAGUGAUGUCUGUAUGCAUUAUAGAGACCAAUUUUCAGAGGUGGAUUAAGGCACCAUGCACCUUGGCUUCUACUAUGGUGCUGCCCUACAUCUGAUGUGGACAUGGGCAUUGUUAAAACCCCUCGCCCAUUUUAAACGCCCUAACGCAAAAUGCUGGAACCAUAUCAGGUGUUGCACCCACUCUUCGAAAAAAAUCGUCCGAUGCUUGUUCAAAAGAAUAGUUUAAUUAAAAGUCAGAGCCGGACAACAGAACAAAUUUACUAAGGGAAUUGAAGGUAGUAUAGGCAUGUUCAAUUUUAGUUUUCAAAGACCAUCUAUAGCCUGGAAACGUUUGAACCCUAAUAUAGUAAUGUCAAGGUCAGAGAUCAAAGGUUAAGGUGGUAAUAUAAUUUAACUUGCCUAAAGCCUUCGUUUUGCACAAUUGAAUUAUCAUAAAUUAGAAGUCCAAUGAUAAUCUUCAGGGAUUUCAAUUUUGAAUAAAAAAAGGAUAUCUAUCAAAGGUCAAACCUUGGUGGUUACAACAUACGUAGGAUAAUUACACCUAAAAGCACUGCAUAGCAAGCUUGAGUCUUGUUCUCGACAAACAUUAUCCAAUGGUCAUUAGGGAAAAGGGUUUUCUAUCCUAUUUUAGUUUCCAUUUUUAAUUUCAAAGUCAAAAGUUUCAGUACGUCAUUAAAUCUUCAUCAAACAUCGUACUUCAGUUUGCCGUAUUGACAGCUUAAAGCUGGUCAAGUCAAACGCCAAACGUCAAAUAUUAUGAAAAACUAUAUAAAGUUUAUAUAAAGAAUAAUUAAUCCAGGAAUUCAAAUAUCGAAAUAUAUUCAACGAGAGACCAAACAACACAUUAAUUCACGAAUGUGCAUAGUACAUGAGUUAAUUAUCCGUGUUGUUCGGUUACGAGUUAAUUAUUUUUCAAAAUUUGCAUUCUUAAGUUAUUAUUUUGAAUACAUUGACCAUGUACUUUAUAAUAGAAAUAAAGUAGGAAAUGAAAGAAACUACAAAUAUAUCUUAAUAAUGCGUAAAUCAGAAUAUAUAUCAGGAUGAGUAAUUUCCAUGAGAUAUGCUUAGCGUUGAUGUUUCCCGAUAGAAAAAAAACUCUGAUUUACCUAUUAUUAGGGUCUGGAGGGGCGGGGUCUUCAUUUCUGUUUUUUUUUUUUUUUUUUUUAAGAGACUUUUCUAUAUUCUUUAUUUGAUAUGUCCGUUAUUCACUAUAAUUUGUAUGUAAGCCCUCCGUAUUCUUCAUUCUUUAUAUUUUAGCACUCCGUAUUCCAUAUUUUGUUAUUUUUUUUGCACAUUAUCCUCUAUUCUGUAAACCCGAUCUAACCCCACUAUUAUCAUAUGACUGCAGCCAACUUUUUGUAUUAAAAUUUGUAAUCAUACUCAUAUAUAUUUCAUAUAAUAUGUAUUGUCAUAAUAAAACAGGCUAACUUUCCAUCA